CCGGUUAGACUGGUAGCCGACCCCAACAUAGUUGGGAAAAGGCUAGGCCAAUUAUGAAAAUCUUGAUCAAAAUUCUCCGCGUUUAAUGGUCGCUACCACUUAAAUUCUUUUAGGGCCAAAUUUUAAACAAUGUAGACAAAAAGAAACCACUGAUUAAAAGCAUAGUGAAUCCAUACUUUAAAAUAAUUCCUCUUUCAUUUUACCAAUUGACUAUGGGAAUAAAGUCUCUUUAAUAUUAUUUUGAGAACCUACUUACAAAGCUGGCAGAAAACAUUUUAAAUCCUCUUACAAACUGUCAAAUGAAAUUAAACAAGAUUUGGUAACUUCUGGCAGAAAAAGCAUCGAACACAAUUUAUGAUAGGUAUACAGAAAUAGAAAAUUAAAGAAAAAAUUUGCUUGAACUAUGUAAAUGUUAUAUUCGGCGCGUCAUUCAAAACACAUUUCAUUAUUAGGUAUCCUUUAGCGUGAUAUGGAUUUUUUGGAUUCUCUUGAUCUAGAUACUAUUGAUAAAAAGUCGCACCGAGUGCGUUCUUGGUAUCUGUAUGAGCAAUACAAGUCCCUUGAAAGGAGCCAGUUGGAUGCCGCUAAGAAAUUGAAAGAUCGCUCUUACCAAGAAAGAAUUUUACGCCAAGAAUUGUCGGAACGGAAGGCCAGGCGCAAAUUGUACGAUCAAUUCGGACUCUGUCACAGCGAGUCCAGAAUUAAGAAGAAUAUCAGAAAGGGAAGCGCCAAGACGUCGGUCAGUGCGAGUAACGACGACUUCUUUGAAAGUUUCUGUGACUUACAUGAGGACGAACGAGUUACUCAAGUCACUGAAACUGAGUUCUCCGAUGAAACCUUUAGUAACGAUGGCUUAUCGGCGAGCAAAUGCUGUAUAGACGAUUUUAAAAGCGUCGAAGAUCAAAAGGAUGACAACAGCUAUUCGGAGAGCAUCAACAGCGUAGUGGAGAAUUUAAAACCUGACAGUGAAGGCUGCCCACAGCCCGAAGAAAUGGAUUUUACUAAAAAUACUAUGGCGGAGGACAUCAACAUGCAACUUGAGGCUGUUAAGGAGGAUAUCCAGUGUCUGGAAAAGUUAACUGUUCUUGAAGAUGUCGAUAUAAGUUCUGAACAUAGUAGUGUCAAUACUGUUGAAGAGUGUGAGUCGCAGCAUAUUGUGGUUAGCGAGAAAUGUGAGCAGGAAUAUAACAAUAAUGUAGUCGCGAUUUGGUCCCGACUAGUCUCAUUUGCCUAUCAAGUGGUACAAUUAAAUCAUGGUAACUGUUACUGUGACUACAGUUCACAGUUUAUGACGGCGGUGUUGGCUUGUGAUGUCUUACGAAGAGGAGUCAACCGAAUGUGUAAUAUUUUGCAGCCUUACGUCUCACCAAUAAAGUAUGCAACUGAUGAAUCGGACAUGUCUAGAGCGAGUCUUAAAAAUGUGAAACGGAAAAAAUCAGUACAAUCGAGAAAAUUUAGGAAAACAUAUGAUAACAAGCCAUUGGCGAACAAGAAAGCGAGAACGUGGUCAAAUGCAAGACGAUCGAAUAGGAAUUUUUCAGAAAGUGGUUGGCAGCCGUUAUGCAAACAUUCGUUCGAAAAACGAACAGCAACGAAAAAGUCUCGCCGAGCCAGCGAACCAUGGCGUAGUUUUGCAAAGUUGUGUACAUCCAAAGAUUCAAUAAUAAGUCAAUCGUCUUCAUCUUGUAGCAGUACUUGGGCAGAUUCUUUAUCAGAACAGCCUUCCAAUGUUUUACAGAAACCAUGCAAUUGUUGCCUUAAUCGCCAAAAGGCGGUCAAUCCGAUGAUUAAAAUAGCUCAUUAUAUAGACAGCAUAUUAAAGGACAUUGACGACUCUUAACAUUUGUGAAAUUGUUGUUGCACAUUAAAUUAUUGAAACAACA